UUGCCGUUUGCUCGACAGUGGUGCUGCUGCUGAGCCUCAGCAGAGUGUGUGUGUGUGCGUGUGUGUGGAUGGUGGACUGUUCCCGGUGAAAAAACACCGACCCCCGGCCCGCAUUAAAAUGCCUCAUCGCCGCGUGUGAACGGGCGAAACUCCGCGGAGGGGAGCGAGUCAGGUCUCCAGGCAGGUUUAGAGGAAAAUAGAGGCAGGAUGUUGCAAGUUUUAGCUUGUGGCGCCGUAGUUUUCCCCGGUCUCUUCUUCGCCUUCAGGAGGAUCCUGCCGUGUGUGUUCAAACACUGGAGCGAUGCCGACGUGGUGCUGGUCAGCGAGAGGCUGGUGUCCUCCAUCCAUGCCCUCAUGGCAACCACGGCAGGAGUCAUUGUUGUGUCGUCAUGUCGGGGCAAUGUCAUUAACGAGAGGCAUUGGCUGGCUACCUACUUCGUCAUCUGGUAUGGUGUGCCCUACAUGACGUACGACAUUUUCGCCAUGUACCUCAGUCACUACCACCGCUUCCGCGUCAAAGGGCAUGAGGACUACAAACAGCAUUCACUGAGGACCAUAAACUCCUUCGUCCGCAGAGAGUUCCUGCUGGUGCUGCAUCACAUCGCCCUGCUCACUAUCCUGCUGCCUGUCACACUGUUCUUCAGAAGGGAACAGGGGGAUUUCUUCAUCGGCUGCUUGUUUCUAACAGAGCUCAGCACACCCUUCGUCUCCCUGGGGAAGAUACUUAUUCAGCUCAGCCUCCAGGAAUGCUGGCUGCACAAGGCCAAUGGCGGUAUGGUACUGCUCACUUUCUUUAUGUGCCGCAUCGCCCUCUUCCCCUACAUGUACUGGGUGUACGGCCGCCACUACGGCAUCCCGCUCUACAGCGUGCCCUUCCACCUGCCGCUGUCCGCCAACCUGGGCAACUCAUGCAUCCUGGCACCGCAGGUCUACUGGUUCGUCCUUCUUUGCCGAAAGGGUUACCGUCUGUACCGACGUAGCCGUAUGCCAGACUCGCCUCCUGCGACCACGGUCACUGACAAUUCUAAGGAUGAUUGAUAUCCAGUUCACGAUUGCUCGCUCAAGCCGCACACUCAGCUACUAACGCAACUACUUCUGCAAAGGCACUAGUUUGACUUAACACAUUUCAAACCCCCACCAUUGUACUGUAGUACACCAGGACUGCCUGCUCUUUUCCCACAACUCCUGGGCAUUUUCCGCACACUUUAAAUCCUCUGUUAUAAAAUCUGCUGCCUACGUGGACCUCUACAACGAUCCAGUUCUACUACUGAAGUUUGAUGAUUUGGGGUUGGGUUUUUUUUUUGUUUUUGUUUUUUGGGAUUUAAGCUCUCACCUGGAUCUUGUUGAAGUGCUACACUGCAUCUGUCAACAUUUACAACACUGAAGAAAAGUCAUGUUUGCUUCACUGCGAGUAAAACGUGGAAUAAAAAGCACCAGAAACUGAAGAAGAGCUUCCAUGGAGAGACAUUAUCUUAUCUCUUACUCCUACUGUGUUUACAGCCUUUGCUGAUUUGAAAGGUCUGUUACAGCGUUUGUGUGAGUGGCUGUUUCGACAGGUUGUAUUUAUUUUAAUGAUUUUACUGUAACAUGUUGGAUAGUUGCGUUUCCUCUCCCAUCCAUUCACUAAUCACACCGAAGAAGGAAUUUGGAAUGGUAUUGGGUGGGAUGCAAAUUCAGGCAGUAUUAGCAGGAAUAAUGUCACCUCAUUCACAUUAUAGAGGUAAAAACAGCUACAUUUGUUGACACCCCAUUAAUGUGACUAUUCACUCUUGUUCAUUUUGUUUGUAGUUCCCAUAAAGCAUGUUACCGUUUGUUUUCUCCUGUAAAAAGUCACUGAGAUGUGCUCGUCAGACCACGGAGAAGGGGGUGAUGGGGGCACGGUGAUGCCUAAUGUGGGACGAACUCAGGGCCACGGUCAGAGCAAUAAGGUCAGCAGAGGCUCACCAGGGCAAACUUAUAUAGAAGAUUGAUAUUUCUGAGCAAAAAAAAAAAAAAAAAAAAAAAAUCAGGAGCAGUUAUUCCUGAAACGGAUCUAUAAUAUCCAGAAAGUGUUUGUCGUUUUCCCUGAGGCUCCACAGAUUUAUAUGCACUUGUGUAUCAGCUGUUGCAAUGAGCACUUCACACAGGGCUGUAUAUACUUUAUGUUUUUAGGGAUCUACAUCAAGUUUUAGUUUCACCACUAAAACAAAAAUAGUUUUUAAACUUAAACCUAUAUCGACACCGUAAUUAGACCUGAGAGGACCAUUUUUUUUUUUUUUUAUCAUGCAAAGCAAUUUUUGUUGUUGUUGUUGUUGGAUUCACAGUUGCAUAAAGACAUUUAUCUUGAAGGCAUUUAUGAGAGAAAAUCACAUGCUUCACUUUUGAGAAUAUUAUUUCUUCAUAUCAAAGAAUAAAUAGAAGAUAUUAUUUUCAUAAGAAUGGUGCAAGGUUAGUUUGAUACAAAAUCUAGACCCUGACGUUAAUGGAACUAAUAUACUUGGUCAUUCAAGCUUUAUAGUAAACUAACUGAUUUAAGUGUGCAUUUAUGGCCUUUUUUAUGUACUGCAAAUUCAAUCUAUGCAAAAAGAGACUGCAGUGCAUGUACAACACUAAUGUCAAGUCAUAUUGGUUAGAUUCAUGCUUCAGUAUUAUUUUGUGGGACCAUACAUUCAUUUCUACUGUAGAUUUCUACUAGGACUCCACACUACAAAUCAUGGUCUCAUGUUGCAUUUCAGUUGGUAGUUUUGAAUUCUUUGCUUGACUUUUGAAUUUACCUCAAUAGUUUUUGCAAUGCUGAUAAAAACAUAUAUAUUGAUCAUUAGUAACAAUUUUUGUAACUUACAAAAACAAGUUUACAAUUGCAGCUCGGCUGACAGAGCGAUCACGUUUUCCUGUUUGGAUACCGACUUGUCACUUUUUAAAAAAAUACAUUUUGAACACAACUAAAAUAUAAAUCGCUUGAAUUAGAAUAGCUAACAAGCUGUACAAUUAUUGUAUAAUUACUGUAAGACAAGCAAAUGAUUUUUAAAAGGCAGCAAACCGCUUUACCUUUAUCAGUAAUGUCUUUAUCUUUGGUUUGAAAUCCAAAAUGUUUCCGCACAUUACUUACUCGCUUGGUUUUGUGUCAUGAUUGCCAGUUUUGUCCAUUUGAAGUGAGCCUGCUUAAGUUUUGCUGAACAGCAGCCACUGUGAAUCAAGUGUAACAUCAUUGUGAACACUAUAAUGUAGUGUGACAGUAGAGAAAAGUCAUAAAAGUGACUUAGAUACACAACAAUAUGUAAGCUUUUGAAACCACCAUAAGCUGCUGGUCAUACCAGACCAACUAAGGCUGUCAAAGCUAAUCUCCUGAGUGUUAAAUUGAGUGAGGGUGAGAUUUAAAAUCUUAUCAAUUUACCUUUUCUUAUAUUUUAUACCAUAUUAUUACAAAGGCAACAAUUGCUUCGUUUACAGAGAGACAGUUAAUUAUUUUAGAAAACCCCACAUUGGUGUACAAGGCAUUGUUUUAUCGCUUCAUUGUGGGUGCUGUAGUGUUGCUGUUCCCUGCGUGUGGGAUCUAGUUGUUGCUGCACUGCACUGUGGCCAGUGCAUUGGAAUCCACGUCUGGUGGGAACAGCAGAGAAGGGAAAAAGGUGAUGAGUGUUCUUGUUGGGAGACGGACAGCCUGUUUGCUGACGGGCAGCAUGAGGAGGAGGCAGAACGUAGAGCCGAGCUGCUGAAUGAUGGGCUUGUUUGUCUCGUUUGGCUGGAGUCCAGCAGAGUGCAGACCUCUUUUGUCCGUUGCUGACCAGGCCACUCUUACUGGAAACAUCCCAGGUUCUUUGUGCUGCUUUCAGCCAAACUCUCCCACUAUCUUGUUCACCCUCAGCCUUGUACAGCCACUUGUCUCGAAAAUCAUUUUAAUGAUAGUUACCUCUGAGGCAAAAUAAAUUUAAUUUACAUUCAUAAGUAUCUAAUUCUUACACUUCAAUGUAUAAUUCAUCCCCACCUUCAUUGGUUAAGACUCCAGUCAAUCAUUUUUUCUUUUGUAUUUAAGAUUAAAAGCUGCACGUCAUUCCUUUUUAAAUAGUGUGUCACCUACUUCUUAUAGCCAAUGUUUCCUCCCUUCCGGCUCAGUCCUCCCAGCAUGCUUUGCUCUGUCUUUCCCUUUAACUCGUCCCAGCCUCUUGGCCAAUGUGCUCUGCAGUGAUAGAAAGUUGCUGAGAGCAGACUGAGCCCUCCUCUCUGCUGCCAUCUGUCGUCAGGAUUAUCUGCUUGUCCACUCAGCAGUUUACAGGCAGGACCAGUUGGGAUUAGUAGGCCUGUGCGGCAUUUCCUAUUGAAACUGUGCAUGCCUCCUAUGUAGUCAGCUGCAUUCAGAUAAAUGCAUCUCCGCUGUGGUGGCACCAUGACCUCACCCUCCACUUAAUGCACUGAGAAAUUGGCAUAUGGGCGUUGUUUUAAUGCUUUUCUGACAUUGAUACUGAUUGGUUUAAUGGUUUAUAAUCAGGAUUAUUUGUAUUUUAACACCUACAUUGCCAUAUCAAUGGUAGAAAAGCCGUGGAAACAGCAUUUGAUCAUGACACAAAACCAUUUGAGGUGAAGUAGCAGCUCAUUAAUGCUCUAAAGUCGAUCGUGUUGUGACGGUUCAUGUUUGCAGAAAAUGCCCUCUUUUGCCUUUUGCUAAAAUCAUAGUUUAGAUUUUCAGAGAGUAAUCUUAAACUCCCCUUUUCCCAGGAAUCUGAUUUUGACAGUUAUGGAAGUGUCCAUCACAUUUAAAAGAGACGUGGGAACUAUUAGAUGGACCACUUAAGGAGAUUAAAUUUGAGAUUCAUUAAGAUUUUAACAGCAGACUCGACAAGGAUUAACUUUAAAAUCAUGUAAUAAAUGUAGAAAAUAUAACAUUCCAAGAUAUUUCUCGAUUUGAUCAUAAAAAAGCUCCCUAUUUUUUGUUUGCUCCUUAUUUAACCCGUUUGUUCUUUAUUUGUAUUGUGUCCCUCUGGUAAUUAAGACAGAAAAAUAUAUAUUUGUAAGUGAAUGUUUCCAAAAUUAAAAUGUAAUUUCUAUUAAUGCAAAGUAACUGCAAUUGGUAUGAUCUGAUCACAUGGACCUGACUUAAUAGUUCUUGUUUUUCAUAGCUUGGAAUCUGGAUCACUGCCACAUAAACUGCAUCUGAUCCUAAAUCUGUGAACCCCUCAAUCAGGAUUUAAGAAAUGUUUCAAGGCAUGCAGAGUACACAUAUCUUAACAGGUAUUGUUUUGUCAGUUGAUAGAUUCUUAUCAUUAAAGUCUUAGGUUCAUCCUCUUUGCUCAGGGUUUGAUGAAGUUGUUAACGUGUGUGAGUAGAGGUUCAUUUUAAGAUGAUGAAACUGUGAGACUGAUUUUGAAGAUGAUCACAUCUAGAAUGGUAUGCUGUUUUUUUUUCCUAAAUGAUAUUUUUUAAGCAUUUUUGUUUUCCGUAUAGAUUUUUCUUGUAUUUAUGCUUUCUGACAUGGCUUGUAAUACUUCAACUUCUUAGGGUUGGUAAACCAAAGACAGUUUAUCAGCAGUACCUGUAGUGAUAUGGAGAUAGAUCCAUUUGCUUCUCACUACUUUAGACAUGCUUCUCACUUAAAAACAUAACUACCCUGCAGUCUCACGUCUUUCUUUGAGUCCCAGAGAGUGACCAACUUGCUGGGUUUGAGAUGGAUGUUUCUUUUGAGGAUUUAAUGGAGACUUACCAGCUGUUUCUCCAUUAACAUGCACCAAGUACAUUGAAGCUUACUGUUCAAUGCAGUGACAUUUUACUCCAUAGUUUUAGUACAUUGGUUUUGCUACAUAUUGAUGAUCAAUUUUAGCUGUAAACAAACGCAAAUAGUAAAAAGAAAAAAAAGAUAUGCUUUGUAUUCCCUAUACUUGUAAGGAUAGAAUGGGAAUGGGAACAUGGACACCAAAAUUACUUCAUUUAGUAUAGGCCUACGCGAAGCCACCAGGAAAGUGAAGCCAGUUUGAAAUCGUGGCCAAAUGGUGUAAUUACAACUUCCAGGUUCAUCAUGUGAGGCCAUGGGGCCCAAAUAUAAUACUUUAAAUACUUUUUCCCAUAGACUAACAUAACACUUCAGCAUAAAUGGUUGUGGACAACUCAUGCUAACACUUUACCAUACACUGUUAAGCCAUAUCAAGCUGCGAGCUAACGUUUAGCACUAUUUUUGGGGGUUUACUAAAAUUUAAGCACAGGCCUAAGCUGUGCUGAGAAAUAGUCAGCUUCUUGCAGUUGGAAAUGUACAACCCCCUGCUAGUGCAAAACACUACUUUUAUCACAUAUUGUUUUUUUUUAUUUAUGACAUAUCAUAUCAUCUGCACCAAGCCUGGGAGAGGCCAUGGAGAGAAAGAUGAUGAAUUGCUAUAACCAGCACAAUAGUAAACAACAAAAGGUCAACUGUCGGUGUCUAUGUUCCCAUCGUUUUAGUCGAAACAUGUUAAUUCCGUUGUCAUUUUCACAUCCAAAGUGAUACAAAAAUAACAAACAAAAUAUGCUCAACAGUAUGAAGUUUGGAGUUUCUGUGGAUUGUUGGGAUGGAAAUGGUAAUAAAAACUGCAUGCGGGGUCCCCUCUCCACCCCACCCCAAUCCCUUUUUGUUGUAUAAUUUUGCUGCUUUGUAUUCACACACAUCAAAUCAGGGUUGGUCCCUGUGUCCUGGGCAGUGCAGGAAUUAGGUUAGCGGUGGGAAAUAGGCAUUCCCACUGACUUGCUAGAUAGUGGUCAAGGCUAAAUGAAGGUUUUAAAGCUAGAAUGGGUUUAUGAGUUGUGGUCUAAUGCCAUGUUCAUGUCAUGUUCUAUGUAGAUCAAAGCUAAUGGAUGGAGAGUAUGCUGGGAUCAGACUACACAAUAACAGCCCAAUAAAGACCUUGAGAACAAAAAUGAACCAAUUGCUCUUUUUACCGUGCUCCUUUUUUUGCCAUCUCUCAUAUACUUCAACGACAGUUACGACCAUGAUGGUGACCCAUAGAAGCGCAGCACGCUUCUCCAUGCAUAACCAAAAAGACAAAGAAAUCAAUUCACUGAUAUUAGACAGGAGUCCAUAGUUUAGUCUGUCAUGUUUCUUGACACAUUUAUAAACCUAUGACUGCCUACUUUAGGAUCGAGUUACUGUCUCAAGUCAAGGAGUCCAUGUAGGAGUCCAUUGUGCCAGACUGUUUUGAUAAAAAGGCAGCUGAGUCAGAUUCAUCUGUCCAUCAUCAUUCCAACCAUUGCCUAUGGUCAUGGACUUUGGGUUAAAGACUGGCAAAAUGAGAUUGCAGAUAUGAGCAGCCGAAGUAAGUUUCCUCUGUAGGGUGGCUGGUCUCAGCGUUCAUGAUAGGGUGAGGAGCUCAGACAUCCGGAGAGAGUUCAGAUUAGGGCCGCUUCGGGCCAGUUGAGGUUGUUCGGGCAUCUGAUCGGAAUGCCUCAUGGGCACGUCUCGGGCACGUCCCACUUGUAAGAGCCCCUGAGGUAGACAAAGAACACGCUGGGGAGAUUAAAUAUCUUGUCUGGCCUGGGAACACCUUGCGGAUCCCCAGGAGGAGCUGAAGGGAAGAGGACUGUCUAGAAUACCUUCGAGCCUGGUGCCCUCACAACCUGGCCCCAGAUUAGUGGAAAAAAGUGGAUGGAUGGGUAGAUUGCCGACUCCCAUCGCAAUAGGCUCAAAUAUUGUGUAGUUUGAUUCGCCAUUAGUAGUAACUGGUUGGUAUCAGUUGCAAAAUGUUUCACACAUGCAUCAGUAGUUCUAUGAAAUUAGCUCUACCUGUAACAUUUAAAGUAAUGGCUUUAAGCACGUAGCCAUAACAUUUAGUUGGCUUGGUUUCUCCUGAUAUGAUGUGAAUGCGGCAUUAGGCUGGUGAACUGCACAAAAUUUGACUUUGAAACGUUUUACCGUGCAGAUUUUGGAUGAGCUUGGAUUUUAAGCGCUGCAAAAAAAUUCUGUGUUGCUGGGACUGAUUUUGAUCUGCAGACAUUGAACCAAAUUUGGUCUCCAGUGCCUUGUGAAAAUGGCUGAUACAAAAUCUAUUUGUGAUAGCCACAUAAGUGAAUGAAAGAGCUACGUUGGCAGGCGGUGUUUACAGGUUGUGGCUGUAUUUAUUAUCCUCAUCAAAUCCUUAAUCCUUAAUUACUGUUUUAGUCAUCGUGGUGUUCACUGCAGUCAUCAAGAAAAGUCUCAUUGUUUGUUUGAAAAAUCAUAUUAUUCAUAUUUUAACUGGUUAAAACUAUUUGAAAUUGCUAUGUAUUUACUGCUAGAAAGAUAAUAAAACCUGUCCUUUGAUUCUGACGAAAUUAAGACCAUUAAUAUUUUUUAGCAUUUCAUAUUUUGUAGCAUUUAAUCUAGAUUUUCAAAUGAUCAAGCAAAUCCUAUAAUGUUGUUUUUCUAGAUGAACAUGCAUCAUUUAAGGUUGAACCCCUUUAAAGCAUAGAUAUAUUGUGAAUUUGUUUGCUGUGUUUCUGUUGUUUUAAACCUUUUCAUCUGUCAAGUGUAUGUUUUGGAGAAUUGGAUUUUAAUCUUGACCUGCUGUCCAUAUCACUCACUGUUGCGCCAUCGGUGUACUGUGUAUCCGAUUUAAAUGCAGCACCUUCACAACCUUUUAACACUUCCUGCCCGACAUUAUUUUUGAUAGCAUUCUACUUUUUCAUACAUAUAUAUCAGAUUUGAUGCAUCAGUCUUUUUUUUUUUUUUUUGUAGCGUGACCUUUUUCUGAGGAAAUUUCUGAAAUCUGAAAAUAGACUGGACUGUUUUACAAAAUGGCUUAAAACUAUUGAUGUGAGAGGAGUUAUGUACUGUAGCUGCAACUUGUGAAUUCAGAGCACCCCUUUAAAAAUUCAAUAAAUUUGAUUUGAUAGAC